GUUCGAAAGCUCGACUGUGUAUUCAUUAUAUUUGCCAACACAUGUUCAUAACAAAAGUCAAACAUGUUUUUGAAGCGAUUAAGUGUUUAAGUUUCUUGUGUUAUGGUGGCCCGCAGCACCGAUUGUCCGGAUGGGUGGCUAGCGUUUGAAGGAUCAUGUUACCUGUUCGGUCAUACACCUGCGCAUUUCACGGAAGCUCAGCAUUUCUGUGCGCAACAUGGCGGAAGCCUGAUUCACGUUGAUUUAGCGAUGGAGAAUGACUUCAUACGGACAUAUAUUCGCGAUCUACAUCAAUCAGAUUCGCAUCAUUGGUGGUUGGGACUGACAGAUGUGCUUGUAGAGGGGCACUUUAAAUGGGUAGACACAAAUACACCUGCUACGUUUCUCGGAUGGGCCCCAGGAGAGGAGUUUACUUUGAAUGAAGACUGUGCUGCUUUUUACAAUUCAUUAGACUUCAAAUGGGCAGACGUCGGCUGUGAGCUGAAUGACAUCAUUCCGCUAUGUGAAAUAAGUUCGGUAUAG